AUGUCGGCCGCUGACGUCGCGUCUGAGACAGUCUAUCAGGUCCUGAGCAUAGCCGACCGUCUGUUAUUGCUCGUGACGAUCGUGUUGUUCCUGUCACUGAGCGCCGUGUCGGGGCGCGUACUGUAUCGACAGUACGCGGCCAAGCGCAAACGUCUCAACAGUCUCACGCCGCCGUCUCUAGAUGAAGUUCCGGGGGUCACACCAUCAAGUAAAGCCCCCUAUUCUGCUGUCCCUCCAGCUCAGUCAGCUCCAGUGAACGUCGUGGGUGGCUGCGGGUCCGCUUUGAUGGAGGAAGAGGGGGCAGCAGCAGCUUCGACAGGCUUUGAGAUGCGUCAGAGACUCUUUUUACUGCUGUUUGGGGCGUCGACAUUGCGAGUCUGUUCCAUGGUCACGGAAGUGGCGACGCUCGAAAUGGUCACGGAUCUCCCGUCCACGUCAGUGUAUUGUAAGCUCUUGGCGCUCUUCUUGUGGCUUCCGUCGAUGUUGUUCGUGUCCAUGUACGGACUUGUGCUGCUCUUCUGGGCACAGUUGUGCUACGCUUGUCGAGGCAAGGCCCAUCCGUGGCCCCGGCGGGUCUUUUUCUUGUUCAACGUGCUUUUGUAUGCUGGUUUUGUGCUGCUGGCGGUGUUUGCGAGCACAGUGGCCGGGUUUUGGAGAGGAUGCGACUUACUGCAAGGAGGUAUCUUCUUUGCUGGGCUGUUCGUCAUCCUGUAUUACAGUAUCAGGCUGGUCGACUUUUUUCGCAACCAAAGCCCAGAUGAUGAUUUUUUCUUCGACUUAUCGUCAGCAGCUAUGGGUAACAGUGAUGCGACUGCUGGGCGCGAGCGAAGGUCGCCGUUUUCAGUUAAGGCUAUCUCUCCGCGACAAUUGGUACUGCGAAGGAUCACGGCUGUGUGCAUUUUGCUCUGUGUGCUGUUUUCAGUAAAAGCGGUGUAUCUGAUUGGAAUGGGCACUGGCUACAUGGAGUCGAAGGAGGCACAGUUUCGCGCUCCCGUGGGUGUCCGCUACAUCGCAUUCGAGUUUAUCAUUCAUAUCUCCACCGAGUUUAUUCCCAGCGUACUACUGCUGUACUUCACGCGUCAGGACAAACACGCAACGUCCCAUCAACAACGUAUUCGCUCGUCAUCUGCCACCUCGGCCUCCGCAUCCUUAUCCGGCGGUAGCUAUGGUGCUAACAAUGCACGUGAGAAGCCCUUGACGCCAAACUAUGCGUACGCGCCCAUUCGUGGGGUCGCUUCGAGUCACCCUCACCAAGAAGAUGCCGUUUUAAUGCUUUCUGGGUACCAAUAUCAGGCAACACAGCGUGGAUAUGGAACAACUAGCAGCGCAACGACGAGCUCGCAGCUUCGCUCUAGCAAUAGCAGUGGCGCCUUCCUCCUUGAAAGCAUCAGCGGAAGUGCGUUUGGCAGUGCAGGCCCUAACACGGGUGCAAAAGCUCAUUCGGCGUAUCACAACAGUUGA